AUGACGAAGUCAUAUCGCAGCAUGCGGUUACCACCGCCAGAAAAACAACAAACACAUGUCAAACGGAGGUUUUCUAGCAAAGAUCAGUCUAUAAUUAGAAAUCCUUCCGAUGAGGAAAUAUUCAUAUUACAUGGCCAACUUUAUCACUAUGUUCUAAGCUUAUUGCCUGAUGGUCUUGCUAAACCCAAGUUUCUACAACUUUAUUUUUUUGAUGGUCAACAUGUAAAAGAGAACCGAUGUGGCAUCUUUCCUGAAAUAAAUUCGUCUAUUGUUGGUUUGCUUAUGGAGAUCAUGCAACGCAAUCCAUAUGCACAUUUUUUCGGAUUGCUGCGUCAUUUAGAUGUGACGGAGGAUACCAAAGUUUUGCUCAGUAAGAAUCCAACUUUAGAUCAACGUGUGUACAAUUCGCCAACAUUAAAUGAAGUGACCGCAAUCUGGAUAGAUGACCUCCCAUCAAAUGAGACAAGGAGUCUUUAUAUCGUUGUGUGGGGUAAAUCAUCUAUGUCGCACUGUAUAUAUCAUUACUAUGGAUGCUAUAAUCCAUUGCAGUAUCCAUUGUUGUUUCCGUUUGGGGAUUGUGGAUGGCACCAGGGCUUAAGGAAAGUUCCCGAUGGUCAGCGAAGCGCACGUGUAAAUGAUCGUAAUCCUAUUACUUCAUAUAUAGUUCAGAUUGUGGAGGAAUUGUUGUUAGAUGAAGCAAGUGUUGCUGAGGAUGGAUUUAAGGAUCGCAAGCACAGAGUCUCUUGUCGAGAAUACUAUGCGUACAGACUUCAGAUAUGCUCUCAACUUCGAGCAGAGUUAUAUCAACGGGUUUUGGACACAAUGAUUAGUGGUCAGUGUAGUGCAGCGAAUGUAGGCCGCCACAUUAUUCUACCACCUUCGUUCAUUGUUGGUACCAAGAGAUAUGGAAAAGCGUUACUUGAAAGUUCUUUGUCCAAAGAUGGUUAUCCGCUGUACAGGAGGCAUGAUAUCGGUCAGCCGGUUCGCAUUCGAGGCACUGAUUUAGAUAAUCGGUGGGUUAUUCCGUAUAAUUCAUAUCUCCUUGCGUCUUUUGACUGCCAUAUGAAUGUGGAGAUUUGCUCAAGAAUCAAGGUUGUUAAAUAUUAUAAGCACGUAUACAAAGGACAUGAUAAAAUAGCGGUCAACAUUGUUCUAAAUAGUGAAGCUCAUGCUAUUGAUGAGAUUGAACGCUUUCAAUCUGGUCGUUGGGUUUCUCCUCUUGAGGCUGUUUGGAGAAUUUUUGCUUUUGAUCUAUAUGAUAUGCAGCCCGCUGUAAUGCCCUUACAGAUGCAUCUACCAACAAGAAAAGUGUUUGCUUUAGAGAUAAUGAAAAACUUGAGCAUGUUCGAACGCCAUGUUUGGAAUUCACAAAGUAAGACUUGGACUAAAAGGAAGCGUAACAAGAUUAUUGGUAUGCUUAUAUUUGUCGCGCCUUCGGAGGGUGAACAAUACUACUUAAGAUUGUUAUUAGCACAUCUUGUUGGUCCAUGCUCUUUUAAUGCGUUACUGACAGUUGAUAAUCAUCUUUGCUCAACAUUUCAUGAAGCCGCGCUAAAACGGAGUUUGGUUGGGCCUGAUGAUUCAGUAACAAAGUGUUUAGAUGAAACUGCCGAGGUGCAAAUGCCACAUGCUUUGCGAAAGCUUUUUGCCACAGUCCUUAUUUUCCUUGAGCCAUCCGAUAUGAUGCAGCUAUGGAAUCGUUAUUUUAAUCAUCUUUCUAAGGACGUUGCGCAGAGGCAUCUCAAUGAACCGCAAAAGAUUUUGGGGCUUACUUCACAAUAUGUUGAAAUGUUCAUAGAAAAUAAGGGCAGAUAUCUUACGGAUUAUGGCUUACAGCAUCUGCAUACGCAUCCAGAUGUCUCAAUAUGUAGAACACGCGAUGUCCGAGAUGCUUUAGAUGCUUCAAUACCUGCAUCAUGCAUGGCAGCAAGGAAAAUGUUGACCGCUGAACAAAAGGUGGAACUGGAAAAACUUUAUUGUACAACGCCUUAUAUACGAAAGUUCGGUUGCUUAACCAAAUUGUCUUACCAACUGCGACUUCUGGUAUUGCGGCGUCUAAUAUGCCCACUUGUCGAAUUGCGCAUUCUAGGUUCAAGAUACCAACUGAUUGUGGAGAGUGCUUAUCUUGCAAUAAAGAACAUUGAGGCGCUCAGUCUGCUUUUACAAGAUUUAUGCUUGCCGAAUGAUCCCUUCGGUGGUAAGAUCGUCGUAUUAGGUGGCGAUUUCCUUCAGACUAUGGCUAUUGUUCCUAAGAAAGCACAGCAAGAAGUCAUUGAAUACAGCUUAGUGUGCUCACCCUUGUGGCCUCUGUUUACUCGCUUACAUUUGACUGAAAACAUCCGUGCACGCUUCUCUGACGCUUCAUCCGUAAAAAAAACAAGUCUGACUAAUCUAGACCAUUCUUCAAAACCUUGA